AUGAAGGCUGAGGAGCCCAAACCAGAGGAUAACCACCCUCCACGACCAAAGCGGGGGGCGGCUGGUAAAAGAUAUACUACCACUCAACUGAGAUGUCUAGCAGAAGGGCGAUGUUUCGGGUGCAACCGUAAGAGCCACCUACAAAGAGACUGUCCGGAUAAAAGACCGAGACCUGCUAAGAAAGGCGAGGAUACUGGAGCUACAAGGAGCGAUGAGACGAGAGCUCCCUCGGCCGAUGACCCUGUGGCGGCCAUCAAUACUAUUACGGGCUUGAUCGACUCGGAUUCCGACUUAUCGGAGGGCGUCGAACCCCAGCCUAUCUCGGCGACGGCCAUAAGCUACCCCAAGACCCUCGGCCAGCGAGCAGAACGAGACGGCCCCAAUGAUCUUAUCUACAUCGACCUCGAGGCCACAAGUGGAGCACUCUUCAAGGCGAUGGUUGACUCGGGAAGCCAACUGACACUGGUUCGAAGAGGCCUCGUAGCGCCUGAAACCCGCGUUGAUCGUAGCCGAAAGGCAGCCAAGAUCAGCGGCAGUUGGCCACCCGGUGAUCUUUGA